UCGAUUGCGAUUAAUCAUCGCGAUCAUCGCGUUUGAAAGUCAAUAGACAGGCGUGGUGGAAAACAAGACAAGUUAUUACGAUAUUGCGGAAAUGUCGGUGCGCGUUGCUGUGGUAACUGGUGGAAACAAGGGCAUCGGCUUUGCCACCGUCAAAGCCCUCUGUCAACAGUACGAUGGAAAUGUUUACUUGACAGCUCGCGACACCACUCGUGGCUUGAACGCCGUCAGUGAUCUGAAGAAGCAGGGCUUGAAUCCAAAGUUCCAUCAGUUGGAUAUCAAUGACGACGACAGUGUCAAUACAUUCCGGGAUUACUUGCAGAAUACGUACGGCGGUCUCGAUGUCCUGGUUAACAAUGCUGCCAUAGCAUUUAAAACGACUGCUACGGAGCCUUUCGGAGUCCAAGCGGAAGAAACGAUACGAGUAAACUACUUCAGCUUGCGUAGAGUGUGUACUGCUCUCUAUCCGUUACUCAGACCGCACGCCCGGGUGGUUCACGUCUCCAGUAGUGCUGGACGUCUGUGCAACAUUACUGGUGAAGCGUUAAAACAGAAAAUAGCCGAUCCUAAUCUGACCGAAGCGGAAUUGGACAAAAUCAUGCGCGAUUUUGUCACUGCUGCAAAAUCUGGCACGCAUUUACAAGCCGGUUGGUCAAAUUCAGCGUACCAUGCAAGUAAAAUCGGCGUUUCUGCCUUAGCUGGUAUUCAUCAAUCCAUGUUUAACGCGGAUCCUCGA